UGGGACUACCGCGGCUCAGAGGCGCGGAGGGAGGGGCGGGGUUUGCGAUUCUGCCCAUGCUAAUCGUCUGUUCUUUUGGGAAACCGAACGUAGGUGUUUCUCAGGUGGCGCUGCUCGGCUUCCUGGUACCGCCGCAAUUUGAAGCCGCUCGGAACUGCCUCUUUGGGGAUCAGCGACCCGGCUAGCAUUCUUGCUCUGAAAGGAUUCCACGUUUGAUGCCAUGGCUCGUUUCACCCUUCAAAGUGUUCGCGAGGUGAUGAAAGCCGUGGUGGAGUCGCCCGGCUUCGAUCGGGUGGCGAAUAAGAUGAAGGUUGUCUCUGCAGACCCUGGAAAAAUUGUCUGUGAAAUGAAAGUUGAAGAACAGCAUACAAACAGAGGAGGAACUCUGCAUGGGGGCCUGACAGCAACUUUAGUAGACCUUGUGUCAACAGCUGCAUUAAUGUAUACUGAAAGAGGAGCACCCGGUGUUAGUGUGGACAUGAAUAUUACGUACAUGUCAUCAGCUAAGAUUGGGGAAGAAAUCCUGAUCACUGCUGAGAUUCUGAAGCAAGGAAAAACUCUGGGUUUUGCCACCGUGAAUUUAACAGAUAAGAGAACAGGAAGAUUGAUAGCGCAAGGGAGGCACACCAAGCACUUGGGAUACCAGUCAUAAAAAAAUAAAAUAAAAUCCUGAGAAGAAUGCAAGAUGGAGGAGUGUACCUCCGCAAGUUUCAAAAUUGAAAUGCAGCCAUUGGGUAACGAAAUAAUAUCACAGUGUUGAAAUCUGUUGUUUAAAUUACAUUGUUGGCCCAAGGUCAGAUUUGUUGGUGUAUAAAUGUAUGCACGUGUCUGUACAUGUAUUUAUAUUUAUGUACAAACGUGUCUAGGGUGGAUGGAUAAGAUGACUUAUUUGUUAAUGGAACAUACAUGUAAGAAAUUGUUUCUCCUGCUACAAAAAAUAGUACAGUGGAGUUAAUAUAAGUGUGAACCUGGAAGCACUGAAGAAAAGAUCAGAGAAAACAGGUUUUUCCUCCUGAAACUUAAAGUUCCUUUUGAGUUUCAGUUGUGGGAGGGACAGAUGAUGGCAGCUUCUAAGCCACUCUUUCUCAACUUCCGCAACUUUUAAGCAUGGCUGGCUGGGGAAUUGUAGGAGUUGAAGUCCACACAGCUGCAGGUUGCUGAGGUUGAGAAACAUUGUUCUAAGCACUGGAUUGAAUCAAGAAGAGAAGCUGUUUUUCCCAGAUGUAAUUCUUCCCCUGCAGCUCUGGGAGGAACAAAACACUCAGGGAAGCGGUUUUCCAUCUUUGGGAAGAGCAUAAAAGGCAAUGCUAGGAGCUACAAGGAGGUUUUCAAAAAAGUAACGUGUUAUUAUGUUUGCAGGGGCUCCAGAUGCCUUUUGUAUUGGUGCCUUUAAGCCAUGGGGUUCACUUGAAUGUAUUAUUUUUUUAAAUCCAGUGUUGAAUGAGUGCCCACCUAAUAAAACAAGGUGAAAGUCCAAAA